GCUUGCCAUAAGCGUGACGCAAACGCACUUCCGGACAUGCGUUUCCGCGCGUUCGCGGCACAAAACAUGGCGAUGACAAUGAGCCAAAACGAUGUUCAGGUGCAACAGAAAGAAGAAGGAGAGGAGGAUGAGCAAUCGAUGUCUAGAUCAGACAGUGGCGAGGAUUCUCUCGAUGGCCUUAUGAAACACAGAUGUCCCCUUACGCCUUCGCUGUCGCCACGGAAACGGACCACCAGCCAAAGCAAAACGGAGCCUCCACUUCUAAGGACAAAUAAGAGAACAAUCUACACCGCCGGCCGACCACCGUGGUACAAUGUUACUGGGACCACCUUUAAAGAAGCCUUUGUCAUAGGGCUGUGUGGAGGGAGUGCCUCUGGGAAAACCACCGUGGCCAAUAAGAUCAUAGAGGCUCUUGAUGUUCCUUGGGUUGUUCUGCUUUCUAUGGACUCUUUCUACAAGGUUUUGAGUAAAGAGGAGCAGGAGUUGGCGGCCAAAAACGAGUACAACUUUGAUCAUCCUGAUGCCUUUGAUUUUGAGCUGCUGGUAACUGUGUUGAGAAAACUGAAAAAGGGCAAAAGCAUCAAAGUGCCAGUGUACGACUUCACCACGCACAACCGUCGCAAGGAGUGGAAAACGGUCUAUGGGGCCAAUGUUGUGAUAUUUGAGGGAAUCUUGGCUUUCGCCAACAAGGAGCUUUUAAAGCUGCUAGACAUGAAGGUGUUUGUAGACACUGACUCUGACAUCCGGCUGGUCAGGCGUCUGAAAAGGGACAUCACGGAUCGAGGGCGUGACAUUGCAGGCGUCAUUAAACAGUACAACAAAUUUGUCAAGCCAGCGUUUGAACAGUACAUCGAACCCACUGUGCAGGUUGCCGAUAUUGUGGUCCCAAGAGGUGGAGAAAACUUUGUAGCCUUGGAUCUGAUUGUUCAGCACGUCCACAGUCAGCUGGAAAAGAGGAAACUCCGCUGGGAUAUAUCAGCCCUGGCAUCUGCCCAUCAGGGCCAGCCUCUACCCAAGACUCUGAGCGUCAUGGAGAGCACCCCACAGGUCAGAGGAAUGCACACUAUUAUCAGGAAUAAAGAAACCAGUCGGGAUGAAUUUAUUUUCUAUUCAAAGAGAUUAAUGAGGCUUCUCAUAGAGCAUGCCCUGUCCUUCCUGCCGCUGAAGCCGGUGUCUGUUGAAACUCCUCAAGGAACUGUAUAUGAAGGGAAGAGGCUGAGCGGGAAAAGGAUUACCGGUGUGUCCAUUCUGCGGGCAGGAGAGACCAUGGAACAGGCCUUGAUGGCUGUUUGUAAGGACAUUCGACUCGGGAAGAUCCUCAUCCAGACCAAUCACGACACAGGAGAGCCUGAGCUCCAUUACCUGCGUCUGCCCAAGGAUAUCAGUGAGGACUAUGUCAUCUUGAUGGACAGCACCGUGUCAACAGGGGCGGCAGCUCUCAUGGCUGUCAGAGUCUUACUUGAUCACGAUGUCCAGGAGGAUAAGAUCUUCCUGCUCUCUCUGCUCAUGGCGGAGAUGGGAGUUCACUCAGUGGCCUACGCCUUUCCCAGGGUGCGCAUCAUCACCACUGCGGUGGACAAGAAUGUCAACGAUGAGUUUCACAUCAUUCCAGGGAUUGGUAAUUUUGGCGACCGUUACUUUGGGACCGAUGCUCCUUCAGACUGGUAUGAAAGUGAUGACGGCAUGGACUACUGAAUUUCAUCGAGACAUGUAUGUGAGCAACUCUGUCUGCAUGCGUCGGAGAAGGGAACAUUUAAGCACUUAAUCUCAUAUGAUUGUGGAACCAAUGCCCUGCCCUAUUUAAGCAUAAGCCUUAUCGGUUCUUGCUACCGCUUCUUGCAAUACUCUGUGCUACACAUGUGCCCACGCUCAAUACAGGUCAAAGCAUCAGCGGACCCCCAAACAUGGGCGAUUACUGCUCAUUAGCUUUCCUCAAAGUGCCCAUUUGGCCAUCACAUUUUGCAGAUUUUUCAUUACUACUUGAAAUAAGAAAUGGGAGUGGAAUAAUGAGGACACACCACAGUUUGUUCAUGGGUUUAUUUGAAAUGGCAUACUACCAAACUUACUAUUUUUCAGUAGUAUAAAUAAACAGUAUAUACUGUCUAGAACACGGUAUGUAGAAUUGAUACAUACUCACCAAUAUUUGUUAGCUGAUUUCAUGUUGUCUUGGUCCUUUGUAUGUAUGGCAUACAUGUGCAUUUGAUGUGCUUGACCAAACUGACAUCUUAUCCUAAGUGAAAGAAGUAUUUUCAAACGCUUGCAAUUUUUUUUCAGCUUCAAUUUAACCUGCCUUUAAUAUUGCAGCUUUGCUAAAACUGUGCAGAAAUGUCACCUCGAAUAGUAGCCUAUGCACAAAGUAGGAAAUUUGAGGAUUUUGGUCGAACAUCAUUGUUUACUGCACCGCUGCAGUUCUACUCAUAAACAAUACAUUUAUUGUUUAAUCUACAUUUACUUUGUUGUUUUGGAAUUUUUUUCCAAUUGAUUGGUGUCUUAAUGGCUGAUAAAAUUGUGAAGUGCCAAUCAAUAUAUCAGUCUGCUUGGUGGUGUUUGCGUGUAUGUAAAAAUGUGGGAAAUGAAUGAAAGGACUUUUGUUAAUAGGAAAUUAAAUUUUAAGUCCAAAGGAAUAAUUUUCAUCUCAUCAUUGGCUUUAGUAUUUAGCUCUACAGUGUCACAGAGGGGAACAAAAUCAGGUUUAUAGUUUACUUUGCAGCCAGUUUCUGUGUUAUAUACUUGAAUUUUAAAGAUAAUGUAUAUUUAUUUUUCAGUAGUUUAUUUGUCAAGCCUGAUUGAUAAGAGGCAGUGACGUUGAUUUGCAAUGACAAAAGUUGAGAAAUAAUUAUUGAAGAACAUUUUGGUGGUAUUUUAGCAGCAAUUAAACCAAGAGAGAACAAAACGUUCUUCUGAACUUUUACUGUUACAUGUCAUCUUAUUUUUUUUAAGCCUGAUUAUAGUAAUAGUGCCAUUAUGCACAUACAGCAGCCUGUGCACUUAAAUUUGUCACACUUGCACCCAUUGGUGAGUGUAGCACAUUAUUUCAAUGACAUUUAAUUAAAAAUUAAUUUGUCUAUUUGGUCCCACUUGACAAAAUGUACUUGAAAUUGACAUCUUUGUCUCAGGACCCUCUAUGUAUUAUGUUAUUUUUUGUUGUGUGUUUGUUUUCUAAUUGUAACUGCCUUUUGGUUUGUUUUUGUUUCGUAUACAGCAAUUUUAUGGCUUGGUUAUAUGUUAUUCUUCUUCUAAAAAAGAAAGCAUUGCCAAAUAUCAGUAAUGGAUUUCAGACUUCACUACAUGGGCAAUAUUGUUAUAAGGAACAAUUUUAUUUCUCCCCUUUUUCACUCUCCAGAGAUGUGUACUGUACAUACUAAUUUUGUUGUAUAUGUAUGAUUACCCUGGUUUAUCUGUUUACAAGCUUCAAACUGACCUCCAGUGCUGUAAGCCAUUCCACUUAUGUUGAACAUUUCUGUGUCUGUAUAAAAAGCGCAAUAAAAAUCUUGUGCCUAA